CAAUCACAAAUCCCGAAACAUUAUCCAGCAGGCGCUUCCUGUAAGAAACAAAAAGUGACAUUUUUCGAUGGCUGCUAAACGGUGUUCAGUACGAUGUGGAUAGCAUGUACAUAAUUUACGCUUCUCGAUUCACCCCUAUGACGUAUAAGACCGAUUAUCUUCAUAAAACAGCUUAAAUGACGAAAACCCUUAAGCGUUGCUUCGUCUGCAGUUCAACUUUUUAUAAUGUUCGAGCGAACGCUGUAGCAAACGUGUGCAGCAGGUGUAGAAAUAAAACGUACCCUGGAAGGCCCACGAGAUAAUAUCGACCAAUCAGCAAAGGUUAUUGAUGGAUAGAACCGACUCCCGCCAAUUCCGACUCGGGAGCGCGAGGCAAUCAGCGGGGUGAACAGAGGGGAGAACGAAGGAUAUGCGGAAAGACUGUUAGCUAUGUCUAUGUGAAAUAAAGUAGAAUUAAAUGACGUGUAAAUAGAAACCAAAUAUUAAUUUGCUUGCGGGGGGGGGGCAUCUUUUGGUGUCAACGUUACUCUUGCCGGUGUGUUAAGGUUGUUUGACUGCAGAACAUUGUGGACGAAAGAGGCCUCGGGGUAGUAGUUGGGAUGUUGGGGGCGGAAAACUCAUCUGUGGACAGACACUUGGCAGUAUCAACCCCCCACAGAAGAGGCAUGGAUUGCAAAUCAAGUAACAAUGCCAACAAGAAACUUAUUCAAGCUCGUCUCCCCUUCAAGCGUCUGAAUGUCGAACCUAAAGAAAAUCAGCCGCCAAAGCGUCCCUGCACUCACUCCAGCCCCGGAUCUGAGGCCCCAGACACACAGAAUGAAAACGAGUCAUCUCCUCUCUCUGAACGCAGCGGGCCACCUUUGGUUAACGGCCGCGGCCCAAUUGAUGGCUUUUUGAGACGCAGGUGCCCUGCUUCCUCUGCGUCCUCGGACAGUAAAAUGCUCAUCGAUCUCACUGAGUGCGACAAAUCCUCCUCUGUAAAGUGCCUUGGUUCUCCUGCUUCAGCUUCUUCUUGUGCCACAACAAAAAACAAGCACCAGUGCAAAGACAGAACAGGCUCUUCUGGAAAACACGAGAACAUUACUAACUCUCCUAAAACACAAACUGCUGACUAUAUCAUAAUUACUGAUGAAGAGGUGGAAGAAGAGGAGGAGGAGGAGGAGGAGGAUUUUCACACCACAUCUAUCUCCCAGCUUGAUACCACUCAGGAUUCAGACAGCGAGCCAGAGGAGCAGAAUGAGUCGUUGAAUGUUUCCAGUUUGGGAAAUAAGUCAACACAGUCGCCCUCAUCGGCCAGCUCCAUGUCUGAGAGCUCACCAGAAAACACCAAGACUGAUGAAGCUACGCCAGCUGCCACGCCUAAAGAGCCAAAGAUCCCCACCACCCCUAAGAUACCAGCAGAUCAGAAAAAGAUCAAGAGACGUUCAUUAAAGAAUUUAGAUGAGCAAGAAGAGAGGUUGCGGCAGCGACAGGAGAAGGAACGCCAGAAGGAGGAAGCCAAAGCUGCAAAGGAAAAGAAGAAAGAGGAAGCUCGCAAGCUUAAAGAGGAGAAAGAAAGGGAAAAACGGGAGAAAAAGGAAAAAGAGGAGCGAGAAAAGCAAGAAAAAAAGGAGAAGGAAGAAAAGGAAAAGGCGGAAAGGUUAAAAGCAAAGGAGGAGCUGCGGAAAUCUAAGCUUGAAGCUAAACUUGAGGAAAAGCGGAAAAAAGAGGAAGAGAAGCGAAUAAAGGAAGAAGAGAAACGGUUGAAAGAAGAGAAGGAUCGUCUCAAAGCUGAGAAGGCAGAAAUUACUCGGUUUCUACAGAAACCCAAAAUCCAACAGGCUCCAAAGACUCUUGCAGCUGCCUGUGGGAAGUUUGCUCCGUUUGAAAUUAAAGAAAACAUGUCUCUGGCGCCUCUGUGUCGGGUUCUGUGUGAGGACUCUGUCCUGGAGGAGCUGGACCGGUGUUUGGUAAAGCCUGCUGAAAACUCGAACGCACUGAAAGAUUGGAUCGGACAAAAACCCAGACGGUCGGGACCCACUGAACGCAGACAUGCGGACACUCUCGGGGAGUGUGUAGCUGUGGAAGCAUCUAAACCAGAUGGUAGACCAGACGGCAAACGCUACGGAGCGAUGAAGCUGCUGCAGUUCCACGAGAACCACCGUCCUGCAUACUGGGGCACCUGGAGAAAGAAGAGCUCACAUAUUUCUCCUCGCUGCCCCAUCAGGCGGGACAAGGAUUUAUUGGACUAUGAGGUGGACAGCGAUGAAGAAUGGGAGGAGGAGGAACCAGGAGAGUCCUUGUCUCACAGUGAAGGCGAGGAGGAAGAGGAGGGGGGAGAGGAUGAUGACGAUGACGAUGGAUUUUUUGUUCCUCAUGGCUACCUAUCAGACGAUGAGGGGGCACUGGAGGUGGAGGAUGGUGGAGACCCCGAGAAGCAAAAACUGCGUCAGAAACUCAAAGCCAGGGAGUGGGAUGAGCUGAUGUCCAGCAAGAAGAAGAUGAAGGUGCUGGAGGCUGUGGUGAGAGGCUGUGUUUGGGAGGAAGAAGGACUUGGUCAGGAGCCCUUCCAGCCUUAUGCUGUGUGUCUGAUUGAACCUUUACCCACUGUGGACAACAGCCCCACCCCUGAAGAGCUGCUGCUGAAGGGACAAAGAGAAGAGCAGCUGCUGGGUCAGCUGCUCCCCCUGCUGCACGGAAAUCCCAACAGCAGGAAAGUGAUCAUCACAGAGUUUCAGGAGUUUUGUCGCCAGCAGAGCUCCUCCUCGUCGUUGUCGUCACCAUCUAGGCUGUCCAGCCCUCAGAUCCCUCCAGAAAAAAUUCCAUCCAGAAUGCAUCUGAGGCGCCUCAUCAGGAGCAACGCCGUUUAUGAGAAGCGCUCUUCCUACAAACGCUGCUGCUGGUACGUGCACGCAGAGGUCCUGUCCCGCUUUGGCCAGGACGCUCUUCCAGUUCCGUGCAAGUGGACCUACCUCACCACAGGAGCUCGAGAGGAGUCCCGUGAAGAACCCCAGGCAGCCGCAGGCUCCCAGGGAAGCUCUCCUACCACGCCCCAAUCUGCUACCUCCCAGUCAUCCUCCAACAAGAGGAAGAGCACCGGGAGCAUGUCAAUCACCAAGUUCAUGAAGAGAUGCAACGAUCCUGAGCAGGCUGAAACGGUGGAGGCAGAUGGUUUUCAGGCUGACACUGAGGAUGACUUUGACGAAGACUGUGUCAUUACCUCCGCAGUGAGCGGUCCCAGGAAGGAGAACCCCUCCACUGACAAAGUUCAAUGUUCAAUGGAGGUCAAGCCCCUCUGAAACCGCUGCUCUCCCUGUGGUUAACUCCGCUCCCUCUUUAUCCUCAUUAACUCUCCCUUCAUGAGACAUUGUUCUUCAUCCACUAAGGGCUCAAGUCUUCUAGACAUGUGACCUGCCCCGUCUUGAGAGGCAGCAGAUGCUGGGCUCGGUAUUUUGAAGUCCGUCUCAACUUUUCCCCACAAGAUGUCGUAGAUGUUUGGAAAACAAAAGCUAAAAAUUGUGAAAAGAAUCAAAGCAACUUAUCAGAGUCUUAUUACUAAUGCUUGUGCAGACAUAGAACAAGAGGAGAAAUAAAUUUUACAAGAAGCAUUUAAGCCAUUAAGAACAUCAAUUAUUACGGUUUUUCAAACUUAACCACAAACUUGUUUUCUGGUUGUUUUUUUUUUAUUAUUGGUCCAAGAGUAAAUAGUUUCUCAGAAAUUAGUGCUGGAAAACGAGGCUCAAAGUCCAUCUGCACAUUGUGAUCUUACUGGUUUCAUUUGUGCUGCCGUCACUGAAAUAGAGAGAUCUGUACGUGUACAGUUAGUUACAGUGUUGGUGUUUUAUAAAUAUGUAUUUUCUCAAGAAUACUUGAACAGGAUUAAUUCAUUAAACAUAAAUAAAAGUACUGCACCUUUUA